AUGUAUUCGGCCAACCACUGGGGCGGCUCGUUCGAGAUCGCCGAUGGCGCGGCGGAGGACGACCACAGCCGCAACAUGGACCUGGACCGCGGCGCGCUGUCGGCGCGGCAGCACCACGAGCUGGACGAGACGCAGCAGAGCUGGCUGCUAGGCCCGCCGGAGGCCAAGAAGAAGGACAAGUACGUGGACCUCGGAUGCAUCGUCGUCAAGCGCAAGGUCCUGUGGUGGGCCUUGUGGUGCGUCGUCGCCGCUUUCGUCCUCAUCGGCCUCCCCAUCAUCAUCGCCAAGUCCAUCCCACACAAGAAGCCCGGCCCGCCGCCGCCCGAUCAGUACACAGAGGCGCUGCACAAGGCGCUCCUCUUCUUCAACGCCCAGAAAUCCGGCCACCUUCCCAAGAACAAUGGCAUCAAGUGGCGCGGGAACUCUGGGCUGUCAGACGGCUCCGACGCCAAGGACGUCAAGGGUGGCCUCGUCGGCGGCUACUACGACGCUGGCGACAACAUCAAGUUCCACUUCCCGAUGGCCUUCUCCAUGACGCUGCUGAGCUGGUCGGUGAUCGAGUACAGCGCCAAGUACAAGGCCAUGGGGGAGUAUGACCAUGUCAGGGAGCUCAUCAAGUGGGGCACCGACUAUCUGCUACUCACCUUCAACUCCUCUGCUUCCACCAUCGACAAGUUAUACGCUCAGGUGGGUAGUGCAAAGAUCAACGGCAGCCGGCCGGACGACCAUUACUGCUGGAACCGGCCGGAGGACAUGGCGUACCCUCGGCCUUCACUGUCGGUGAGCUCCGCCCCGGAUCUGGGUGGCGAGGUCGCCGCGGCCCUGGCGGCCGCCUCCAUCGUGUUCCGCGACAACGCCGCCUACUCCAAGAAGCUGAGCCAGGGCGCGGCCACCGUGUACAAGUUCGCGCGGCAGUCGGGGCGGCGCACCCCGUACUCGCUCCGGCAGCCGGACAUCGAGUACUACUACAACUCCACCAGCUACUGGGACGAGUACAUGUGGAGCGCGGCGUGGAUGUACUACGCGACGGGCAACAACAGCUACAUCACCUUCGCCACCGACCCGCGGCUGCCCAAGAACGCUAAGGCCUUCUUCAACAUCCUCGACUUCUCGGUGUUCAGCUGGGACAACAAGCUCCCGGGCGCCCAGCUGCUGCUGUCGCGGCUGCGCAUGUUCCUCAACCCCGGGUACCCGUACGAGGAGUCGCUCAUCGGCUACCACAACGCCACCAGCCUCAACAUGUGCAUGUACUUCCCGCGCUUCGGCUCCUUCAACUUCACCAAGGGCGGGAUGGCGCUCUUCAACCAUGGCAAGGGGCAGCCGCUGCAGUACGUCGUCGCCAACUCCUUCAUCGCCGCGCUCUACGCCGACUACAUGGAGGCCGUCAACGUCCCCGGCUGGUACUGCGGGCCAAACUUCAUGACCACCAACGACCUCCGGGAGUUUGCAAAGUCUCAGAUCAACUACAUUCUUGGUGACAACCCCAAGAAGAUGAGCUACGUGGUUGGGUUCGGCAAAAAGUACCCGCGGCACCUGCACCACCGUGGCGCGUCCACGCCGCACAACGGCGUCAAGUAUUCGUGCACCGGCGGCUACAAGUGGCGCGACUCCAAGAAGGCGGACCCGAACCUCCUGACGGGCGCCAUGGUCGGCGGGCCUGACAGGAACGACGGCUUCAAGGACUCGCGCAACACCUUCGGGCAGAACGAGCCGACGCUUGUGGGCAACGCCGGCCUCGUGGCGGCCCUGGUGGCUCUCACCAACAGCGGCAGGGGAGUCGGCGUCACCACCGUCGAUAAGAACACCAUGUUCUCCGCCGUGCCGCCAAUGUUCCCCGCCGCUCCGCCGCCGCCGUCGUCAUGGAAGCCGUGA